UUAUGGCAGCGCGAAUUAGGAUAACAACUGGAAAAACUAAUAACUGUAAAAAUCUAAGGUGAUGGUUGAAUAACAACACUUGAAUAGGAUUAACAGCUGGUGGGCAGCGUAAUUUCUGUCUUUGUAAGGUCUAAUGCGCGUCUGCUAUUUAGCGAGACCCUAUAAAAUAAUAACAAAAGAAACGAAAUUAAAGAAGCAAUAAUUGUUGACAUAAAUUGAAUUAGCAAGUUGUGGUGCUAAAUAUUCACGAAUCCAUUUAAUAUAUUGUUUACAUGAGCUUCACCUCCCCGAAUUAAUUUGAAUUUCGCUAAAAACAAACUAAUCUCGCCACCGGAUUAUAUAUACUAACCUCAUUAAAGUUUCCCAUUUUAUACCACAUAUAGAGUCGAUACUAUUUGUAAACCCUUUUCUUCAGUCGGCUUCACAAAAUCCUCUGUCAAAGAUAUCAGUUCUUGAAUUAAAAUUGGUGGAAAGUGCUCGGUAAAUAUUACAUCGUAAUGAAAAUACUACAAUUGUGCAAAUAUCUAGGCAUUGUUUAUAUCAUCAUUUCAGUGCACGUUUUAAGACGUAACACUAUAUAUAUAUAGGGAGAUUAACGAAGGCGAAAAACACUAAGUCAGUAAGUACACCUUGAACAUGAUGUUCGAUCAAAUCUCAUUAUCAACUCGUGCAUAUCCUAACAGCAAACCCAGCCAACACUGUCAGAAAAAAACACAAUAAAGCCUUAGAAAUUUCUCGACAAAAUCUGUCCCUAAUGCUAUUAAAGAUUUAUUUAAGACAUACCAGACAAUUAUCUUAAUUAUCGAUUAUCUGUUAAAAUAUGGAAAACGGCAAACCUCAGUGGAUGAGACAAAGAAUAUUAAUUAAAUCCAUCUGAGUAAACUUUACCUCGUAUUAUUAAAAUACCACACUUUCAAUAAUAAACAAAGUAAAUUCAUCCAUUCGUUUGAGGGGAUUUGGUCUCUGUCUCAAAAUGACCCCAACAGCAACCACCAUCAUCGAAGCAGCCAUCCUUGUUUUCAUUUGCACAGUUUCCAUUCUUGGAAACAUCAGUUUAUUUUUUGUUUUUACAAGAAGAAAAGCCCUUCGCACUAUCUCGAAUGGUUUUCUUCUCAACCUUGCCUUCGCUGAUUUGCUCGUGUCCGUGUUAAACAUGCCGAUAACAGUGGUCACCAUUGUCAAACAGCGCUGGAUAUUUGGAGAAUUUGCUUGUGUUCUUCUUGGAUUCACCACGAUGCUCUCGUUUGUUUCAUCCGUAAUGUCACUUGCUAUGAUAGCAAUCAACAGAUAUUAUUACGUGGUGCAGUGGAAAACGUACCCUUCUAUCUUUACACCUAGAAGAUCGGUGCUGUUUACGGGAAUUGUGUGGUUGAUAUCUUUGUUAUUAUCCAUCCCUCCGCUCUUUGGCUGGGCUGAAUAUCGUUAUAUAACUGGCAAAUCGUACUGUUUUGUAUUCUGGCCUUCUGAUGUGUAUUACAUGUAUUUCAUGUUAACGAUAUGUUUUUUCGGACCUCUAACUGUGAUGUCUUUAUCGUACUUCAAUAUCCUACGAUUCACAAGGGAAGCCAAGCGGCGCGUUAAUCAGCACAAGGAUAGUGUAAUUACGCAACAGAAAAUACAAACAAGACGAGAAAGUGAGAGUUAUUUUUUUGAGAGAAAUAAAAGACGUUUCAGAAUGACUCAAGAAGAAGUAAAAAUAACGAACACUUUGCUGAUUGUCGUCGCUUGUUUCAUGGCUUGUUGGGCGCCAUUUGCCAUGACAAUGUUUUUUGACGUGUACUAUCCACACCCACUGCCAAGGACAAUUGACAUCAGCACGUUGUUGCUAGGCUACGCGAACAGUAUGUGCAAUCCGAUUGUGUAUGGAGUAAGGAACCAAGCUUUCAGAAGCGAACUUGUUCGUCUGGUCACGCAGUGUCAUUGCCCACGCGUAAAUAGUAAUAGGGUUUCUGUUCUUGACACGUUUCAACCAAGUUCCGUGAUGGCUUGUCAGAUGAAUGCGGCUCAAGCCACAGAGAUGCUUCGAGUAUCAAGGAUUUUGAUCGCUGAAUCAGCGAGCGAUGAAACAAAUACCUUUCCUGCGCUCAGAUCCACUGAAAGUACUCAGAUUGACCACUGAGAUAAAGUGAAUCUAUCGAAUUCAAUCCUUUUCAUUCAAUAUCAGCCAGCCGUAAACGGAGAACAAAACUAUUACAAGUUUUGGAGCUAUUGGCAGAAUCGAUCUGAACAUAUCUUAAACAUUCCAUGUAGCUAUAUCCUACGAUAGAGACGACAUGACACGGAUGCUCGACUGUGUUUUGACAUUUCAGACAGACAAUCUGAUGUUUUCAAACUGAAACCGUUUCCCAAGUGUGCAUAUGUUGAAUUUUAAAUGCGUGAAAGAAAUUAUUUGUCAGCUAACUAGUCAACUUCUGAUACAGAUCAGUAAAAUUGAAAGACGCGGAGUUUUCCCUAUGAAUAAGUAAUAGUAAGGAGAUGUCAAGAAUAAGAAAGGUUGAUUAAUGAUAACGAGAUUUCAAUAGCUAAGGCCAUAAUCUGAGAUAGAAUGGUCUAAUCAGACGCCGAUAAGUCGAUUUGCUGAACGUCUGACAUUUGUUUAAAGCCUCAUAAAAGCAAACCGUACAGAUUCGACUGUUUCUAUGUACGGCUUUUCGUGAGAACAUAUGAGAGACAAUUCACCAGCGUAGAUUUUUACUUUAUGUAAAUAUUCCAGAAAUUUUUCAAUUUUCAGCUGUUGCUUUUUUGUUACUUGGCAAUGGUUGAUGUUGAUGUACUUGUCUUAUGGUGCAAAUUCUUGAGAAGAGGAGUUAAGUGAUCAAAUAUUUGAUUUACUAAGCACGUACAAGGUUGAACAAAGCUUUAGAAAUAAGGAAAGACAACAUUAACAUUAAAUAUCGCUAGGGUCACAUAGGCUGCAGUUUAUUAUCAAUAACAUUUAAAGCCAGGUUUUCACCACGACAUAAGCAUAAGCACAUGCAUAACAGUAGUGAGGACCCCACAAGCAUGUAGGCUUGCGCAGCAUGGAUAAUUGCCUUAUUUUCGGUUCUCCAUACGGCGUCCUCGAAACAGUAAAACAAGAUGGCGGACUUAUAUCCUUAGGGACUUAUGCUUGUGCUUACAGUAGCUCGUUUUCACUUGGCAUAGGCAUAAGCAUAAGCACAAGCGCAAGAAAAACAAAAACUUUUGAGUCAUUAGCACGUUUCUUUUUUAUAUUCCUCAAAUUAAACACCUCCAGCAAGAUUUUCAUGAGUAACGAACGGUUGUUAUUUAGUUUUUCUAACGGCCACGGUAACAAAAUUUCCCUAUCUAUUCGAAUGGAAAAUGUCACCUUUUAAAUAUCCCAACUUUGAACGCGAUCAAAAUGAAGGAGGACCGAUGUGAUCAAUGAUUCGUUUUGUAGUGUAACUAAAUUAUAUUCAAAUUCAUUCAAAGGACACUUUCUGACUCAGGUCAAGUAGUCAUAAGAUAUUGCAUGGGUGAGUAAUAUGGGUAAGCUAUGCAAAUUACAUUAUAUUAUUACGUAAAGAAUAUACGAGAAUAAAAGACAUAGUAUAAUUUCCAGAGGUGAAUAUAAGAAUUGGA